AAAAGCAUAAAAAUCUACCGUUCAGCAAAACUUGUCAGGUGGACUUUUGGUAGGGACAUUGGCCACGUGAUUUCUACAUUUCUAAAUUUCCACUCUUUUGUCUCUUCUCUUCAUAAUUCUCUUUCACACCAUCCAAAUUCCAAAUUCCAAAACCAAAACUAAAAAAACUCAACACACUCUUUCUCUUCAUAACUCCAAAAACACUCACAAAUCCCAACCUAAAAGACUCAUCCGAUCCAUCACCGGAUCUUCUCAUGGAACCCGCCGCUUCCGGGUCACCGCAACCCUCAUCCCCAUCCACAUCACCACCACCACCACCACAACCAAGUCGUUACGAGUCACAAAAACGCCGCGACUGGAACACGUUUCUACAAUACCUGAGAAACCACAAACCACCCUUAACGCUAACUCGCUGCAGCGGUGCACACGUACUCAAGUUCCUCAAGUACUUAGACCAGUUCGGGAAAACCAAAGUCCACGUGGAAACCUGUCCUUUCUUCGGCCAUCCGGAUCCACCAUCUUCUUGCUCUUGUCCUCACAAGCAAGCUUGGGGAUCUCUCGACGCUUUGAUCGGACGGCUUAGAGCUGCUUACGAAGAAAACGGUGGACGGCCCGAUUCGAACCCGUUUGCUGCACGCGCCGUUAGGAUUUACUUGAGGGAAGUCAAAGAGAGUCAAGCUAAGGCUCGUGGGAUUCCUUAUGAGAAAAAGAAACGGAAACGUAAACCUACCGUUACCUCCGUUAGAUUGGAUGUGGAUUUAACGAGUAGUGUCACCGGAGACGGGAGUAACAGUGAUUCUCCGGCUACCUCCGGAGCCGUACCUUCCCUAGGUUAAUAUUAUUAGACCUAAUUUGCUUAUUA